AUGGAGCCCAAAGCAGUUGCUAUCACAGCUGUCUCAUGGUCAUUUGGUAGCGUGGCUAUCCUGGUCGUCGGCGUGCGCUUAUAUACUCGCGUCUUUGCCUUGCGCAGAGCCGGUUGGGAUGAUUUUUUUAUUGCACUGUCGUUGGCCAGCGCCAUUGUAUGCUCCUCGCUGGCUCGGGUCGGUGUCUAUUAUGGUCUGGAACGGCACAUAAAUGACAUUCAUAACCCAGACUGGAAGAUGAAGGCAUUCAAAUACACCGUCAUUGCGCCCAACUUCUCUGUUGUCAGCACUACAGCGGGGAAGAUCAGCGUCACUGUUUUCUUGCUACGCCUGAUGGGCCAGGCAGCAACAGCGCCACGUCGAUGGUUCCUUUAUAUCCCUCAUGGUUCUGCGGCCUUCAACGCCUUCAACGACCUGGCCCUGGCCGUGUUUCCAGCCUUCAUCUUCUGGCGUGUCCAUCUCCGUACCAAGAUGAAGAUCGCCAUCAUUGCUGUCAUGGGGGCGGGAAUAUUAGCAGCGGCUGCCACGUUGGUCAAGUGUGUGCUUUUGAGGAAUCUUCCAGCUCACGCAGACAUUACCUCGUCCUGGGCUGACAUCACGACCUGGUACACCUCACUUAUCAAACGACAGAUGUACAUUAUCAUUAUCUGCGCCACCUUGCCCACCCUCCGACAGUCAUACAUGACUGUGCUGCACCGCUCACAAAAGAUCUCCGCCUAUUCGCAAUCCUACGAUUCCCACCCACUCGACAAGCCUAUUCCCCUCGUGCGUCGUCCGGUUGAUGCCUCGUUACUGGAGACGCGCGCCGACGAUGACCCAUCCCUCGCCUUUGGGCCGCAUUCGAGCCAGGACAAGAUACUAGCACCCGAGGCCAUGGGAUGGCCUGGAAUUCAAAAGACUACUGAAGUCCACGUCUUCCAAGAGAGCAGACCGCCAUCAAAGGGCGAUGAUCGGCCCUUUCCACUGGCGACUGUCUCCCGUAGUGGGAGUGAAGGCCGGGUGUACAUGGGGAACAUCUACAACCGAUAAUGGACCCAUCGUUUUUGAUAUCUAGCUUUAGGAUGGAACUUGAGAUAUC